GAAAAGAAACCUCAUUAAAGGUAGGAAAAUAAAAAUUUGAAAAACAGUAAAUCAUACCCAUACCCAUGUAUCCCGUGAUGUUAUUCAUGACUGUACAAACAUAUCUUAAAUGUCUUCAAAGAGUUAGUACAGUAACCUGUAUCUUAGGCUCUUGAAUGUCUUCAGAGAGUUAGUACAGUAACCUGUAUCUUAGGCUAUUAGUAAGGGGAUUAAGAUAAAUAAGAGUGGUAGAGGAAACAAGCUCAGAGCAGAAGGUGGUGGAAGAAGAAAGAAAGAAAAUGGUGUAUGCUUCACUCUCAUUAUCAUCACUUCCACUUUCGAUCUCGCCGGCUUUCAGCCCCAAAAGGCCAAACUGCUUUCAAUUUUCUGAAGUUUCCAACAAAUUCAAUUCCAGGCCUUCGCCAAUGACUCCGUCUUGUUGCUCUCAGGAACGGAGCACUGCAGUUCAAGAAUAUGGGCAAGAUGAGAGCAUUGGGACGGUGAACACCGCAUCAAUCACAAACAACACCGCUUUGUGCAACAAUUCACCAGAGCUUCAGAAGAGAAGCCAACCUCCUCUAGUCAGUGCACUGAAAGCCUCAGCUGAAGCAAAUGCUGCCAGUUUUCACUUUCCUGGACAUAACAGAGGCCAUGCCGCUCCUGCUUCAUUGACUCGACUCAUUGGAAUAAGACCGUACGCUCAUGAUUUGUCCAGCAUUCCGGAACUUGACAACCUCUUUUGUCCCCAAGGACCCAUAUUAGAAGCACAAAAAGAAGCAGCUAAACUGUUUGGAUCAUCAGAAACAUGGUUUCUUGUCAACGGUACUACUUGUGGGGUCCAGGCGGCAAUAAUGGCAACCUGUUCACCGGGAGAAUUUCUGAUUCUUCCGAGGAAUUGUCAUUUAUCGGCUAUAUCUGCCUUGGUAUUAUCUGGUGCAGUGCCUAAGUACAUUGUUCCUGAUUAUAAAAAUGAUUGGGACAUCGCUGGUGGCGUCACUCCAUUACAAGUAUUGAACGCUAUCCAAGAACUAGAACUCGACGGAAAAAAAGCAGCAGCAGUUUUCAUCACUUCACCCACUUAUCAUGGUGUUUGCAGUAACUUGAGCGACAUUUCUGAGUUGUGUCAUUCUCAGAAAAUUCCUUUGAUCGUUGAUGAAGCUCAUGGUGCACAUCUAGGAUUUCAUCCUAAACUCCCUAGCUCAGCCCUCCAGCAAGGGGCUGAUCUCAUUGUACAGUCUACUCAUAAGGUUCUUUGCUCUUUCACUCAGUCAUCUAUGCUGCACAUGUCAGGUGACAUUGUAGAUAAGGAAAAUAUAUCUAGGUGUCUCCAAACUCUCCAAAGCACAAGUCCUAGUUACCUGCUUUUGGCAUCCCUAGAUGCUGCUAGAGCUCAACUUAGUGAAAGCCCUGAUAUUUUAUUCGACCAAGCAAUUGCACUAGCCAAUGAAGCAAAGUGCUUGCUAAAGCAAAUCCCUGGAAUCUCAGUACUUGAUAAUUCAAGCUUUCCGAACUUUCCUGCAUUUGAUCCAUUGCGGCUUACUAUAGGUUUUUGGGAGCUUGGUAUUUCAGGUUACAAAGCAAAUGAAGUCUUAUGCAGGGAUUUCGGAAUCGUCCGUGAACUUGUUGGGAAUAAAUCUAUCACUUAUGCACUUAAUCUUGGAACUUGUAGAGACCAUGUCCAAAGGCUUAUAUCGGGAGUGAAGUAUUUAGCUGCAACAUGUUCUACUGUUCAGCAACCUAAAGACAGGUUGCUUACUGAUCAUGCACCCUUUGAUGAUAUAAUCAUGAGUUUGACCCCUAGAGAUGCAUUUUUUGCAAGUAAAAGAAAAGUAACGGUGAAGGAGAGCAUCGGUAAGGUUUCGGGGGAGCUUAUAUGUCCAUACCCUCCAGGCAUACCAGUAUUGAUCCCCGGCGAGGUUAUUACUGAGAGAGCUGUCGAUUAUCUACUCAGUGUAAGAAGUAAAGGUGCUGAUAUUAGUGGAGCAUCUGACCCCUUACUUUCAUCUAUAGUUGUCGCCAAUGUAGGUGGUGAGAACUAUUAGAUAUAAAAGUUAGUUAUAACAGUCAGUAAUACUAGUUAGCUGGACUUGUUAGUUAUUCUUUUCAUUGGCUACAUAAGCCUCAUGUACUCCUUAGUUUAAUCUAUAUUCUCUCGUUAUCAAUAUAAAUCCAAUUUACCUUUCUCUA